AUGUCGGCGACCGACGACAUUCUCAAAGAAAAAUACCCCGCGAAAGCUCACUGUCGCCGCGUCGCCAAAUACCUCACCGACGCAGGCUUCCCACAGGAUGGAGUUAUCUACCUCGAAGCCCAGAAGACACACAUGGUCGAAGAUGACGACCAAGCCCAGCACUUCCGUCAACGUCGCUAUUUCUUCUACCUAUCCGGCUGCAAACUGCCUGACGCCUACAUAACAUACAACAUCCCACAAGACCACCUCACACUCUACAUCCCACCGAUCGACCCCGACAGCGUAAUAUGGGCAGGACUCCCUGAGUCGAAAGAGGAGGCUCUAGCUAAAUACGACGUCGAUCACGUCCUGUACACAGAUGAAGUCAACGCCGCCCUUGCGGCAUACGGCCCGUCGCAGAAGACCACAGUUUACGCGAUCCCCGAACAAGUCAGCGAGCACAUCACAUUCCUCCCCUUCAAAGCCACCGAAUUUACAUCCCUCAAAACCGCCAUCGACGAAUGCCGCGUUGUCAAAGACGCCCAUGAAGUCGCCCUGAUCCGCAAAGCCAACCAGAUCUCCACGCUCGCACACAUUGAAGCCUCCAAGGUCGUCUUGACUGCCGAAAACGAACAAGAACUCUACGGCGCCUUCAUCGGGACAUGCAUAUCACACGGCGCCCACGAACAAGCAUACCACAGCAUCUGCGCGAGCGGCACAUCAUGUUCAACUCUGCAUUACAUCCGUAACGACCAACCUCUCCGCGAACGUCUCAACAUCCUCCUCGACGCAGGCGCCGAGUACGAUUGCUACUGCGCCGACAUCACACGCACGUUCCCCAUCAACGGGACAUUCACGCCCGAAUCCAAAACAAUCUACGAUAUCGUUGACGAAAUGCAAGCCUCGUGCUUCAAGCUGCUUCACGCCAACGUGAAAUGGGAAGAUGUACACGAGAAUGCCCACCGCAUCGCAAUCCGCGGAUUAUUGAAAGCCGGGAUCUUAACAGGCGACGAGACCGAAAUCUUCGAUAAACGAGUCAGUGUCGCAUUCUUCCCCCACGGUCUAGGACACUAUCUGGGCAUGGACACGCACGACACGGGCGGCCACGCCGACUACGACGAUCCCGACACAUUGUUCAAGUAUCUCCGCGUAAGAGGCGAAGUGCCCGCCGGUGCCGUCAUCACUGUCGAGCCGGGCAUAUAUUUCUGCAAAUUCAUUCUCGAUCCAGUCCUAGAAAAUCCCGAGUUGAGCAAGUACAUUGACCAAUCCGUGCUGGACAAGUACUGGACCGUCGGCGGCGUGAGGAUCGAAGACGACGUGCACAUCACACAGGAUGGGUACGAGAAUUUGACGGACACCCCGAAGCUAUGA